AUGAAAUUCCAUGGAUACUCAGUGGUCUUGGGACCAGAUCAUCCACUGGAAUCAAGAAACAUGGUGGUGUCAUUUGCUCAUUUCCAAGAUUUUAUAACAAAAGAACUGUUAAAUUUUCAAUUCCAUCUAAUCCCAAAAAAUCAUAGUGGUUCUGUUCUCAGUGGAGCCACCCAUCGACAGAAACACAUCAUCACGUCUACAACACCAACCCAUCCACUCCCAACAAAAAGAGCCCAAACCAAUUCAAACAAACCAAACCAGAAUUUGUUUCACAAUUUCUCACCGAAAAUUUCAUCUCUCAAAGCCCCACUUAGGCCCCAUCUCCCACUGCUCAUCUCCUAUCCCCCCAGUACCUACACAUUAUCCCCAUCUCCAUUUCCACAUCGUAUUACAUCACACUUACCCCAAACCCAUCUGGGCCCCACACAACCUUUCUGUCUAUAUAAACCCCCCAUCCCCCCUCGGAUCUCCACAGAAAUGACCCAGUCUCUACCACCAGAUAUUCGCACCAUCGUGGAGCCCGUGGUGGCCCAGCUCAAACGGCGCCAACUUUCAGAAGACAAGAAGACCGCGGUCGAGGUGUCGCAGCUUUUGAUGCGCGUGAUUUCCGCCGCCCGCUGGGCUGACCCGCUCGACCUCAUUGAUCUCAUCCGCCAGGUGGGAAUUGUGUUGGAGAAGGCCACCCCCAAAGACUUCAUUCCGGGAAACAUUGUGCGUAGAGUGUUGGCAUUGAUCCGCGAGGAAAUCGACUCCGAAAACCCAACAGACAACACCCCCAUGAUCAGCUCCAUGUUCUCGUUGCUCUCGACGACCUCGCAUCUGACACAGCUGUCGAACCAGUUGCGCAAACAGCUGAAGAAACAGGCCAGUGACAUGCGCUCCAUCAUCAUCCAGGGCAUCAAGGAUCUCAUCGAUGAGAUCUGCAACGUCAAGGAGGAAUUGGAGAGCAUGUCUGCAGACUUGAUCCACGACAACGAGAUCUUGUUGACCGCCACGCCGCAGUCCGACACUGUGUUGCAGUUUCUCAUAAGGGCGCGUGCAAAGAGACGGUUCACUGUGUUGGUCAUGGAGUGCUAUCCAAAUGAGGCCGUCACGGCGCAAAAAUUCGUAAAGGAGUUGGCCAAGCAUAAGAUUGAAGCCGUGCUCAUCCCUGAUAGCACAGUGUUCGCCGUCAUGUCCCGUGUGGGAAAAGUUAUUCUCGGCGCCAACACCGUGUUCGCCAACGGUGGAUGUACCACCAGCGCUGGUGUGGCCAACGUCGUCGAGUGUGCCAAGGAGCACAAGACUCCCGUUUUCGCUGUGGCCGGUUUGUAUAAGCUUUCACCGCUCUAUCCUUUCAACAGAGAGGACUUGAUCGAGGUUGGUAACUCGGGUAAGGUCUUGAGCUAUAGCGACUCGGAGCUCAUUGAAAACGUAGAUGUGGUCACGAAUCCCUUGGGCGACUACAUCGCUCCUGAACAUAUCGACAUCUACAUCACCAACGUGGGAGGUUUCGCGCCAUCCUUCAUCUACAGAAUUGUCUUGGAUAAUUAUAAACCAGAGGACAACAGUCUUGAGAAGAGAUGA